UACUGAUUCUUUACGGUCGUUCUCUUUGGCAACGUUGUUGUUUCUUUCCCUUUUCCACGCAUUUUCUCUCAUUUCCUCCGCGUUCUUGUCCUAAGAAGCCACUUCUGAACUAGACCCCUUCAAACCCUUCUUCUCUUUCUAGCGCUUUAUUUUCAUUGUUUAUAAAACCUGUCCUUUUCUCGUAAUUCAUUUUCUUGUCACUUAUUAUUGCUUUGAUUCUUACAUUCACUCAAGCAAAAUCUCUUUUGGGUGCAUAAGAUCUCAGCUUUUAUUUUUUUUUCUUUUUUUUGUUGCUUGAUUGUAAGAGGAAGUUACUUAUUUCAACUGAAUUUCUGGUAGUUGAAGCUCGUCUGAUACAGAGGAAUAUACUUUAUAAUUUGGAUAUGAUGGGAGGGCAAUCUAGCAAAACGAGAGGAAGUGAUACUCCGUCACUACCUCUCCAAGCUAACACCAAUUCCCAACUCACAGAAGAUUUGACCUCAUAUGAGGAUGCUUGUAAUCGAGAUCCAGAAUUGCAAUCCUUUGAUGCUGCUCUCCAUGAAAGGACUAAUCAUGUGAUAAACAGCCUUGCUACUGGUGUGGGGAUUCUAUCCUUAGGCUCAUUUAAAGAGGUCACAAAUUGUCUUCUUGAAAUGAACCAAGAUGUUGUGAAAGUCAUACUGGAAAGCAAGGAGGAUAUAUGGAAUAAUCGAGAAUUGUUUGGUUUGGUUGAGGAAUACUUUGAGAAUAGUGUCAAAACCAUGGAGUUUUGUGCGGCUCUUGAAAGUUCUCUUAAACGUGCUCAAAAUAGCCAGUUGAUUAUACAGUUUGCAAUUAAGCAGUUUGAGGAAGAAGUAGAAAUGCAAGAUGGGGCAGUUGAGAAGAAGUUUGUGAAGACAUUGGAAGGAUUGCAGAAGUUUAAGGCAGCGGGUGAUCCAUUUACACCCCAGUUCUUUGCUCUGUUUCAAUCAGUUUCUGAGCAACAGGUGUCCAUGUUGAAGAAAUUGCAAUCUCGAAAGAAGAAGCUUGAUAAGAAAAUGAAAUCCAUGAAGACAUGGAGGAGGGUGUCAAAUGUGUUAUUUGUAUCUGCUUUUGUCUCUGUGCUGAUUAUCUCAGUGGUAGCAGCUGCCAUUGCUGCACCGCCUGUUUUAACAGCCGUAGCAGGUGCGAUUGCCGUUCCAGUUGGUUCUGUAGGAAAAUGGUGCAACAUGCUUUGGAACCGUUAUGAGAAAGCAUUGAAGGAACAGAAGGAGUUAGUGAGAUCAAUGCAGGUUGGAACUUUUGUUACAAUCAAUGACAUGGAUAGUAUACGUGUGCUUGUCAUCAAAUUGCAAAUGGGAAUCCAGUCACUCUUGGACAACGCCGACUUUGCUAUCAGAGAAGAAGAUGCUGUGAAACUUGUGAUAGAUGAGAUCAAAAAGAAGAUGGCGGUGUUCAUGGAAAUCAUUGAAGAUUUAGCUGCACAUGCUGAUAAGUGUAAUCGCGACAUUAGCCUUGCAAGGACGAUGAUUCUGAACAGGAUACUUAAAUAUGCUGACCAGUGAAGAACUAUGGUACGUGUAGUAAUGACCUGCAACUUGGCAGUUUACGUUUUAUGUUGUUGCCAUAUUAGUGGGCAUGUUGAACAUGAUUUGUAUUAGAAGCAUACUUAUGUAGACUACAAUGACUUCGAGUCAAUUUCAAUCAUCAGUUCUUAAGAAAAAUGUUAACAAUUGUGUA